AUGGGAAACCAUUCUGUUUCUCCGUAUGCUAACAGCGGCCUCUUGCCCAGAAUGUGGGGAGGAUCGGUGAAGGUGGAAGCAAAGUUGUCUGAGUCAGAAGGAGCUCCAUCAGAGGAAGCAGCAGAUCUAGAAGAGACAGCUGUGGAAUUCCAGGGGUUCUCUUUGGAAAAAGUCAAGACUCAAAAUGCUGAAGAAAACUAUGGAGAUGGACCACAGAGGCAAGAGGAAAACCACACAGGAGACAAUCAGAGUAAUGAGGAGGAUGAGGAACCGCAUCAGGUAUCGCCUGAUGAAAUCAAGAAGGAAAUUGUGAGAAGAAAUGUCAGGAUUCAAGGCAGACUGAAAAAGAAGAAAGUCAGUCACAGGGUGAAGAAGAGGGACAAAUCUAUUCCUUGCCAAGGUGAGGAUUUCCAAGAAGUUAUUCACCUGUUGGAGGAAUCAUACAAGUGCUUGGGGUGUGGAAUGAACUUCUCAGAUCAAACCCAAUAUACUGUCCAUUUGGGAAUGCACAGUGGAAAGAAGACCCAUCAGUGUCUGGACUGUGGAAAGGCCAUGAUUACCAGAGCAGAGUUCCUUAGACAUCUAAGAACACAUACAGAAGAGGAACCUUCUAACUGCUCAGACUGUUCCAAGAGCUUCUCAGAGAAACCAGACCUUGCUCAAUGUCAAAGAAUUCCUACAAGAGAGAAGCCUUUAAUCUAUUCCAAGAGUGGAGUGCUGUUCUUGAAUGGAAAAGAGAGUAAUAUGCAUGUUUCAAAGCACAGCAUAAUGAACACACGCCAAUGCUUUCAGUGCGGAAAGUACUUCAGAUACAAAUCACAGUUCCUUGUACACCAAAGGACCCACAGAGUUGGGAAACCUUUUGAAUGCGCACAGCGUGGAAAGAAAUUCAAUGAGAAUUUCCUUCUUAUACAACAUCAAAAAGCCCACAGAAGGGAGAAGUUUUUAGAGUGCUCAGAGUUUGGGAGGAGAUUCAGUAGGAGUGGCACUUUUAAGCAACAUCAAAGAAUCCAUAAAGGGGAGAAGACUUUUGAAUGCUCACAGUGUGGGAAGAGCUUCAGUCAGAGUGACCAUCUUCAGCUGCAUCUAAGAACGCACACAGGGGUGAAGCCUUUUGAAUGCUCAGAGUGUUGGAAAAGAUUCAGUCGGAGUCACCGUCUUCAGGUGCAUCUAAGAACGCACACAGGGGAGAAGCGUUUUGAAUGCUCAGAGUGUGGGAAGAGAUUCAGUCGGAGUGUCCAUCUUCAAAGUCAUCUCCGAACCCAUAGAGUAGAGAAGCCUUUUGAAUGCUCAGAUUGUGGGAAGAAAUUCAGUCACAGUAGAACUGUUCAACAGCAUCAAAGAACGCACACGGGGGAGAAGCCUUUUGAAUGCUCAGAGUGUGGGAAGAGAUUCAGUCAGAGUAACAGUCUUCAACAUCAUCAAAGAACCCACACAGGGGAGAAGCCUUUUGAAUGCGCAGAGUGUGGGAAGAGAUUCAGUCGGAGUGUCCAUCUUCAAAGUCAUCUUGGAACCCAUAGAGGGGAGAAGCCUUUUGAAUGCUCAGAUUGUGGAAAGAGAUUCAGUCACAGUAGAACUCUUCAACAGCAUCAAAGAACCCACAUUGGUGAGAAGCCUUUUGAAUGCUCAGAGUGUGCGAAGACAUUCAGUCGGAGUAACAGUCUUCAACAGCAUCAAAGAACCCACACAGGGGAGAAGCCUUUUGAAUGCUCAGAGUGUGGGAAGAGAUUCAGUCAGAGUGUCCGUCUUCAAAGUCAUGUCCGAACCCAUAGAGGGGAGAAGCCUUUUGAAUGCUUAGAGUGUGGGAAGAGAUUCAUUCGGAGUGACAGUCUUCAACAGCAUCAGAGAACCCACACAGGGGAGAAGCCUUUUCAGUGCUCAGAGUGUGGGAAGAGAUUCAGUCACAGUGGGACUCUUCAAAGUCAUCUCAGAACCCACACAGGAGAGAAGCCCUUUGAAUGCUCAGAGUGUGGAAAGAAAUUCAGACAGAAUGGAGAACUUCAAUCUCAUCGAAGAACACACACAGGUGAGAAGCCUUUUGAAUGCUCAGAGUGUGGAAACAGAUUCAGUUACAGUAGCCACCUUCAACGUCAUCUCAGAACCCACACAGGGUCGAAGCCUUUUGAAUGCUUAGAGUGUGGGAAGAGAUUCAGUCAGAGUAUCCAUCUUCAAAAUCAUCGCCCAACCCAUAGAGGGGAGAAGCCUUUUGAAUGCUCAGAAUGUGGGAAGAGAUUCAGUCGAAGUGACAGUCUUCAACAGCAUCAAAGAAUCCACACAGGGGAGAAGCCUUUUGAAUGCUCAGAGUGUGGGAAGAGAUUCAGUCGGAAUGACCAUCUUCAAGUGCAUCAAAGAAUCCACACAGGGGAGAAGCCUUUUGAAUGCUCAGAGUGUAGGAAGAGAUUCAGUGACAGUAGCAGUCUUCAAAAACAUCUAAAAAUCCAUUCAGGGGAGAAACCUUUUGAAUGCUCAGAGUGUGGGAAGAGAUUCAGUCGGAGUGGGACUCUUCAAAGUCAUCUCAGAACCCACACAGGGGAGAAGCCUUUUGAAUGCUCAGAGUGUGGAAAGAAAUUCAGGCAGAGUGGAGAACGUCGACCCCAUCAAAGAACACACACAAGGGAGAAGCCUUUUGAAUGCUCAGAGUGUGGGAAGAGAUUCAGUCGGAGUGACCAUCUUCAACUGCAUCAAAGAAUCCACACAGGGGAGAAGCCUUUUGAGUGCUCAGAGUGUGGGAAGAGAUUCAGUCGGAGUGACCAUCUUCAACUGCAUCAAAGAAUCCACACAGGGGAUAAACCUUUUGAAUGCUCAGAGUGUGGGAAGAGAUUCAGUCACAGUAGAACUCUUCAACAGCAUCAAAGAACCCACACAGGGGAGAAGCCUUUUGAAUGCUCAGAGUGUGGGAAGAGAUUCAGUCACAGUAGAACUCUUCAACAGCAUCAAAGAACGCACACGGGAGUAGCCUUUUGA